CGACAUUAGCCGAACUCCCGAGCAAGCCAUGAGGCUCAUCCCAGUAGCAUAUAAGCGCCAACAUUAUUCACAGCCAAGUAUGAACUAUGCUGUUAGGUGUAUCGGAAGCGCCAAAUGCUACACCACUCCUCACUAAAACCAAUCAGAAAAUAUAUCACACAAUGUUAUCAGAUAUCAUAUUUCUACCACCCCCACCUUCCUGUCAUCCGUUCAAGGAUCCAAGGUGUACGACAGGCAUAUACUACACUUUACCUAAUUUCGAUUUAUUCUUCCGAGAAGGUUGUACUCUAUUCAUAUCUUCAGUUCCUGAGGAGUGAAAAUUUCAUUGAAUUCAUCAAGACACGAGGUCGUCAAGACAUCUAUUUUUCGAUAACAAUGGCCUCAGAGAAACAAAGCCCACCACCCCCAUAUCUCGAGAUUUCUAGUUCGGUAUCACCGGGGAACAAGGCAGCAAACUACGGACACGACAAUGCAGUAGCUCAGUCCGGAGAAGGACAUUCGAGCGAAAGUCAUGGGGACAGGAAUUUAACAGGUCAAGCUGGGACAGAUGGGCACUGGAACAUAAAUGAAGGGAAUCGAAAUCAAACAUUGCAGAUUUCGAGCGUCGUGGCCAUCGUCAUUAUCACUGGUUUCUUGGCUGUGGCAUAUGUACUUGGGUCUUUACUCUUCUUGUUGUUUCACCUGUUCAAGGAAAAGCUCAUGGCACAUUGAAACGUUAGAGUAUUGUGACUCAAUAAAUUUUAUGAGAUUGAUACAUAGCCCUGUAUCUACUUCUGAUGCAUGAAUUUGAC